AAAGAAGAAAAAAAACUAUUGUCAGUGCGCUUCUUUGUUUCUGAAACGUACACAACUACUUCACCACCGAUCUUCAUCUUUUUGCGAGAUUCCUUCAGGUUCACACUAUACUAAGCAACAAUGGCGUCGGCGAACAGAGAGAUGGCAGUGUACUGUUUCGACACUUUGGUCUCUCACUACAACAAUGAAGAGUCUCCUCCACCUGCCUUUGACGACGCCAAUCACCCAUUGUUUGUCACCUGGAAGAAAAUUGUGAAUGGUGGGGAGCCUAGGCUCCGUGGUUGUAUUGGUACACUUGAAGCACGACGCUUGAUCAGUGGUUUCAAGGACUAUGCCUUGACCAGUGCCUUGAGGGAUCGUAGGUUCCCACCAAUCCAACCCAAAGAACUGCCAUUUCUGCAAUGUACGGUGUCAGUCCUGACUGAUUAUGAAGAUGCAGAGGAUUAUCUUGAUUGGGAGGUCGGAAAGCAUGGUAUAAUCAUUGAGUUCACUGAACCUGUGACUAACAUAAAGCGAAACGCCACAUAUCUGCCUGAGGUGCCAGCUCAUGAAGGAUGGACAAAGAUAGAGGCAAUAGAUUCGCUUGUGCGUAAAGCAGGAUACGAUGGAGAAAUAACAGACGCAGUGCAUAGGAGAAUCCAGCUAACACGUUAUCAGAGUACAUUAUUCAGCAUGCAUUAUAGUGAAUACCUUUCAUACGUGAAGGCCACAAGAGGUCUUGUCCCGGCUAUUAAUGGGACCAGCAAACCCGCCACGGCCUUCUCCUGAUGAUAUGCACCAUGAAACUGCUGCCGUGAUUGAUCCUCUUUGGGACCUCUCUCCUAAUUUAUCAUUGUAUUUGUGAUUCGAAACUGUAAGGCUCUCUCUGAUUUCUUCUUCAACGAGACAAAGAUUUAGCUGUUUCACCAUUUGUCUGAAACGCAACCGCACUUACCUAUUCUAAUGAAGUUCAUCG